AUGGAGGUCCUUGGGCGGUUUCCCUUACUCAGUGCCAACCAGGCGGAUGGGAGGAGCAAGGAGGAGAUUCAAGCGCUGCUGGCCGGAGGGAGGGAGGAGACUGCCAGGCUCUUCGUGCGGAGGAGAGAGGACGGGAGGGUUCGGGAGGUGACGAUCAGGAGAGGGCUCACGAGUCUGAAAAAGGAGAGGAGCCCCUCCAGGGACGCCACGCUCGAGCUCAACGACCUCGUUGACUCCGAUCGAUCCGUCACAGGAAGAGGAGCGAAGAAUAAGGAGGAGGCGAGCGAGAGCUGGAGGGGAGCAGGAGCGGCUGACGGAGGAGGAGGAGGAGGAGGACUCUCCUCCGUGGUGAUGGAGGACUCGGAGAUGGAGUCGCGAUGGCGGAGGCUGCAGGAGAGCAGGUCGAAGCUCGAGGAGGAGAUGCGCUCGAACCAACGGGAUCGCCCUGCACACCUAGAGGCCAGCAGCAGCCUCUUCCAUCUCCCGGAUCGGCGAUCUCCCGAGGAGAGGACAAGCAGGUCGUUAGCUGGAGAAGAACUGGCCUCGCCGAGGAGGAUCGCAGCCCCUUGGGAGCAAGGCCAACAGCUGGCCAACAGGGCUGAGCCUCCGAGCAGGCGCUUCCUCGACUUCUUCGAUGCCAAGAAGUCGCAAGGAGAAGCAGAGGACUCUAGAGACCUCUCCUCGCCCAGCAGGAGACUAGCAGAAGAGGACAGGCAGACUGAGGACCUGUCCACGGCGAACUUGUCUCCGAUCGCCGCCAAGGGAGAGGACGAGAGGCAUUUUUCCCUCUUUCCCUCCUCUCGUGCUCAUUUCUCCGCUCAGAUGACGAGCAAGGCAGUACCUGAUCACGGCAUGUACUCUCCUCGGAGGAGGGAGGAGGAGACAGGGAGGAGGAGGAGAGAGGAGGAGAAGAUUGAGAACGAGGAGGAGGAGAAGUCCAUUGCAGACUUGAGGAUGAAGAACUUCGACCUCUUCUCUCGGUCAGCAGCUACCCCAGCAAAGCUCAGCAGCCCGAGACAGGAAGCUGCGAGGGAGCAGAGGGGAGGGAGGCGAGAGGAGAGGAGGGAGAGCGAGAGGAGGAGGAGGCAGAGUUCCUCCACCCUCCUCCUCACCCUGGAUCGAGACUUCGAUCGCACUUGCUCCACCGCAAGCAGCAUGCAGUCCUUCAAGGACGCACUCGUGCGGGACUGCGCGGAGUCUUUGCAGGUGGCACAGCGGCAGGUGGAGGUGAUCAGCGUGGAACGAGGGUCCAUCCUAGUCAAGCUCCUCCUCCUCUCCGACCUGCUGGGGGAUGAGCUGGAAGGUUCGCUCACAAACGGCAGGAAGAGGACGAGCGAGGAGCUGGCGAGGGAGCUGAGAAACUGCGUGUCAAACCCGAUGAGCAUCCUCUGCCAACGGCACGGGGCCGUCCGAGCCCAGCUGCUCCCAGAGCUGCAGGGAGCUGGUGACAGGAGGAGGACGGGGAACUGGGAGGCGACUGGACGUGGGGAGAGCCAGAGAGGAGGAGAGGGGGAGAGCAGGAGGGAGCAGUUGUUCCUCCCAUCAACCUUGAAGUCUCCCCGGCAGGGGAAGGUGGAGGAGCCGACGGAGGAGACGUUUCCUCUGUGGAUGAGAGACCUGAUGCGAUCGAACGAUGAGCAGAACAGGCCACUGCGGAACGCUUCCUCCUCCUCCUUGCUCUCCUCCUCCAGGCCUCGCGGCCCACCCAGCAUGUCGGUGAGGGAGCUGCGGAAGCACAUGAUUGUCAGACCUGUCGCCGUCGCAAGGGUCACCGUCCACCGAGCAAGGGACCUUGUGGCAUCCAACAGAUGGAGCAGCUGCUACUGCCUCCUCUCCCUCCGGCAUCAAGAGAGCUUCACUGGACUGCAGGACAAUACCUCUUCUCCCCAGUGGAACUUCUCCUCCUCCCUUCCCGUCUACGACCUCUCGGACAAGAUCCGAAUCUCCGUGAUACAGCAGCGGGUAUCCUCCUCCUCCUCCCCGUCCUCCUCCUCCCCCUUCUCCUCCUCCUGUCAAGAGAUCGGGCACAUUGCCCUUCCUAUCAGGAUGGCAGAGAGCUUGGUGGAGUUGCGCUCCUCCUGGUACGUCUUGCAAGAUGAGCAAGAGGCUCCGGUCAGCAGCAACGGAGCAGCCAGCGCGCUCUGUGUAUCGCUGCAUGUCAGCCUGAUCCAGCCGGAGCAGGAGGACGUCAGCAGGUGGUGGAAGGAGGGAUGGGCGGAGGUGAGGAGGGAGGAGGGCGCAUGGCAGAGAGUCCGCUGCUUCCUCGACCCGUGGGGCCCUCGACUGGUCUGCUUCUCCUCCCCCUCGGACCUUGACCCUCCCGCCCUCGUCGUCGACCUUCGCAAGUUCCACGUUGACUCUUCCUCCGUCUCCUCGAAGUUUGAGAAGCUGGACCUGUCGGGGGCAAGAGGCACGAGCUCCUUCCCUUUCGUCCUUGCGAUCUGCGGGGAGGAGAGGGGAGGAGGCCGGGGGCUUCCGGCCGCUGAAGCGAGCAGAGGAUACGUCCUGCUCGACGGGUUGGUCUUCCUUGGGGUAAUGUGUCGGAGAGGAGGAGGAGGAUGCAACGUGACGUCGGCGCAGGUGGAGAGGAGAGAAGAUUUUGAGCAGUGGACUCGAUGCCUGUCGGCCACAGCCAGUUUCCACGUCCUCAACAGCUGGAGGGAGGAGGACGCUGCACCCUCCUCCUCCUCCUCCGCCAUGGAGUUCGGCGGUACCCGAGUCUUCGACGAGCGCUUCCACGUCCUCGAUGUUGCUGCUCCUGGUCCUGCAACAGCUGAGCAGCUCCAGGCUGAGACCGACAAGUCUGGACGAGAAGCAGGAAGAGGAGAAGAGGAAGGAGCAGGAGCACAAGUCCUCGAGUCGGCUCCGCAGUCGCCGACAGACUCGACUAAGGACUUUCCCUCUCCUCCCCCUCCUCCUCCUCCUCUUCAUCAUCUCUCUCGGCGACCAUGGCAGCCCUCAAAGACAGUCUGCGCUAUGGGUUUCACUAUCUUCGUUCUCCUCCUCAUCCUCAUCAUUAUACUCAGUCUCUAUGUCUGA